AUGGAGCCCAACCUCACCGAAAUCCACGACUAUCUCAUCGAGCUCGCCUUCAAAGCCGGCGACAUAAUCAACAAUGCCCUCCCAGAAACCAGCAGCACAGGAGCCAAAAAGAACAACCUCGUAACCGAAUAUGACCGCGCAGUCGAAACAAUGAUCUCAACCUCCCUCCGCGCCAAAUUCCCCGAGUACCUCUUCCACGGCGAAGAAACCUACGACCCAGCCAAACCCCUCACAGACGCCCCAACCUUCAUCGUAGACCCAAUAGACGGCACAAUCAACUUCAUCCACAGCUUCCCCUUUGCCUGCGUCUCUCUCGGCUUCGCCGUGAACCGCGUCCCCGUCGUGGGCGUCGUGUAUAACCCCUCCACGAAGACGCUCUACUCGGCCAUCAAGGGGCAGGGAGCGUUCGUGAACCGUUCGACGAGGUUGCCGCUGCGUGGGGAGAAUGUUGAGCCCCUGUCGGGGCUGUCGAAUGCGCUGGUGGCGAUUGAGUGGGGGUCGGAUCGGAGUGGGCGGAACUUUGAGACGAAGGUGAGGACGUUUGAGAUGCUGGGACGGGCCAAGGCCGAUGGCGGGGCUAUGGUGCGGUCGUUUAGGAGCUUGGGGUCGGCGGCUUUGAAUCUGUGUGCUGUUGCGGAGGGGACGGUGGAUUUGUAUUGGGAGGGGGGCUGUUGGGCGUGGGAUGUUUGUGCUGGUUGGGUGAUUUUGAAUGAGGCUGGGGGGCGCAUGGUGGGUGGAAAUCAAGGGGAGUGGGAGGCUACGCUGGAUGGGAGGAAAUAUCUUGCUGUUCGGGGUUCGCCCGGGGGUCAGGAGGAGCUUGUCAAGGAGUUUUGGGGGUAUAUUCAGGGCGAGAUGGUCUAUUGA